UGGGAGCAGCUGUCCCGACUGCAGCGCAGCAUCAUUCUCUUCCUUUUUGCCUUCUUGGCAGUCUGUGGAGUCAUUUCAUACACAAGCAUGGAGGAGCCAUGGAAGAGUCUAAUUAACAAAUCAUUGGAUGAUCAGAGAACAGAACCAGAAAUUCCUGGAUUAAAGCUGGCAAAUCCAGCUGUUCUACCAGCACCCCAGAAAGCUGAUGCCAACCUUGAAGACCACCCAGAACUUUCACCACAGAAGCCACCAAAACUGCCUCAUGUUCGGCGUGGUCCUUCCAAUCUGCAGAUCAAGCCGCCAUGGAGGGAUGUGAGGCUGAAGACUCAGCAUGGUACCAGCCGAGCUGUAGAAGAGCCAGUCCAAGCUGAUAAGGAAGAGAAAACAGAAAAAUCUGUUAUCAGCUGGAGAGGAGCAGUGAUAGAACCUGACCAAAGCACCGAACCCCCAUCAAGUAAAAUAAAAGAACCAGAAAAACCUUCAUCUGUGGAAGCUGAAGACCAGAAGGAGCCAGUGCCCAUCAACGACCGUCAGGUGGCUGUGAUCGAAGCCUUCCGACAUGCCUGGAAAGGGUACAAGGACUUUGCCUGGGGCCACGAUGAGCUGAAGCCUUUGUCCAAGUCCUACAGCGAGUGGUUUGGACUUGGGCUUACCUUAAUUGAUGCCUUGGAUACCAUGUGGAUUUUAGGCCUAAAAGAAGAGUUUGAAGAAGCAAGAAAAUGGGUAGCAAACGAUUUGGUAUUUGAUAAAAAUGUGGAUGUGAACCUCUUCGAGAGCACAAUUCGGAUCCUGGGGGGCCUGCUGAGCACCUACCAUCUCUCAGGAGACAGCCUCUUCCUGGAAAAAGCUAAAGACAUUGGGAGCAGGCUCAUGCCAGCAUUCAAGACCCCCUCCAAGAUACCAUAUUCUGAUGUCAACAUCGGCCGGGGCACUGCGCACCCCCCUCGCUGGACAUCUGACAGCACUGUGGCAGAGGUGACCAGUAUUCAGCUGGAGUUUAGGGAGCUCUCUCGUCUCACUGGAGAUGAGAAGUUCCAGAAAGCUGUAGAUGAUGUGAUGAAACAUGUUCACACCCUCUCAGGGAAAAAUGAUGGACUAGUGCCUAUGUUCAUCAACACCAACAGUGGACAGUUCACUCACUUGGGUGUCUACACUCUUGGAGCCAGAGCUGAUAGCUACUAUGAGUAUUUGCUCAAGCAAUGGAUUCAGGGUGGGAAAAAAGAAAAUGAGCUGUUGGAAGACUAUAUGAGAGCCAUAGAAGGAGUGAAAAAGCAUCUUCUUCAGAGAUCACAACCCAAGAAACUGACUUUUGUAGGAGAGCUUGCUCAUGGCCAUUUCAGUGCCAAGAUGGAUCACUUGGUUUGCUUUUUGCCUGGUACUUUGGCCCUGGGCGCUCACAAUGGUUUGACUGCUGAUCAUAUGAAACUGGCUGAAGCCCUUAUUGAAACCUGUUACCAGAUGUAUGCUCAAGUGGAGACAGGCCUGAGUCCAGAGAUUGUUCACUUCAAUCUUCAUGCACAAAAGGGUCACAAAGAUGUGGAGAUCAAGCCUGCAGACAGGCACAACUUACUGAGACCAGAAACUGUGGAAAGCCUUUUUUAUAUGUACAGAUUCACUGGGGAUAAGAAAUACCAAGACUGGGGCUGGGAAAUCUUGCAGAACUUCAACAAAUACACACGGGUUCCUACAGGUGGUUAUACUUCCAUUAACAAUGUCCAGAAUCCCAGUAAUCCAGAGCCACGUGAUAAGAUGGAGAGCUUCUUCCUUGGGGAGACACUCAAAUACAUGUUCCUGCUGUUCUCAGAUGACAUAGACUUAAUCAACCUUGACAAAUAUGUAUUUAACACAGAAGCUCAUCCACUCCCUAUCUGGGUGCCAGCUUAGACUGGGUGUCAGGAGACCUUCCAGCAGUGGCAUUUUUAUCUUCAAGUCACUUUACUUUUCAGGGUAUAAGGAGAGAUGCCAAAUUACACCUUUUUUGGCUGAAAACACAAAACCUUUGGAAAAGCAUCUCUGGUUUGGAGAAGUCAUGUCAGUCUUAAAUCUGAUCCCUGGUUCUGGGAUGGGUAGGCUGUGUCCUACUAAGCUGGUUUUCCUGAUAUUGAUGAUGAGGUUCAGAGAGUAAGUAUAGUGUGGACCAUGA